AUGGGUGUCCAAGACGUCUUAUCAAGAAAAUCGGGGGUCAUUGUCGGUGACGAUGUCCGCAAACUCUUUGAAUAUGCCAAAGAACACAAGUUCGCCAUUCCUGCCAUCAACGUCACUUCCUCUUCCACCGUCGUUGCCGCUUUAGAAGCCGCCAGAGACGCCAAGUCCCCAAUCAUCUUGCAAACUUCCCAAGGUGGUGCCGCCUACUUUGCCGGUAAAGGUGUCGACAACAAGGACCAAAAUGCCUCCAUCCAAGGUUCCAUCGCCGCUGCCUCUUACAUCAGAGCCAUUGCCCCAGCUUACGGUAUCCCAGUCGUUUUGCACACUGACCACUGUGCCAAGAAGUUGUUGCCAUGGUUCGAUGGUAUGUUUGAAGCCGACGAAGCUUACUUCAAGAAACACGGUGAACCAUUGUUCUCCUCCCACAUGAUUGACUUGUCUGCCGAAUCCGACGACUACAACAUCGCCACCACCGCCAAAUAUUUCGAAAGAGCCGCCAAGAUGAACCAAUGGUUGGAAAUGGAAAUCGGUAUCACUGGUGGUGAAGAAGACGGUGUCAACAACGAAGCUGCCGACAAGGACAGUUUGUACACCUCUUCUGAAACCGUUUUCAAGGUUUAUGAAGCCCUUGCCCCAAUCUCUCCAAACUUCUCCAUUGCCGCUGCCUUUGGUAACGUCCACGGUGUUUACAAGCCAGGUAACGUUGUUUUGAAGCCAUCUAUUUUGGGUGAACACCAAGAAUACGCUUCUAAGCAAAUCAAGUCCACCAACUCCAAGCCAUUGUUCUUGGUUUUCCACGGUGGUUCUGGUUCUACCCAAGAAGAGUUCAACACUGGUAUCGAGAAUGGUGUUGUUAAGGUCAACUUGGACACUGACUGUCAAUAUGCUUACUUGACUGGUAUCAGAGACUACGUCUUAACCAAGAAGGACUACAUUGGAAGCAUGGUUGGUAACCCAGAAGGUGACGACAAGCCAAACAAGAAGUACUUUGACCCAAGAGUCUGGGUCAGAGAAGGUGAAAAGACCAUGAGCAAGAGAAUCACCGAAGCUUUGAACGUCUUCCACACUGCCGGUCAAUUAUAA